AUGUCAGAUGAGCAAAUCGCUCGUCAGGCUGCCUCCAGCUUCGAUAGGCUCGAGAAUUUCAACUUCCUUCUCUCUCGACACGAUCCCGCCGUGGCUAAGAGUCGUCAGUACUCCUUCGACGCCGAUUCUGCUGGCCUGGCACCGCCGCUCCAGAAUUUGAAUAUGGACUACGAUCAGACUGAGGGAAUGGGCGGUCUGUCCGUCAGUUCCUACGAUAGCAUCGACGACGAACGCAGCCCGAUCGAUGUGAGAGGGUACCCGUAUGCAACCGGGGACAAGUCUAUCAACUACUCCAUACCGGACCAAAUGUUGUCCUAUUCUGCUCAUCCGAUCUAUCCGCCCAUCUCAUAUGGCCCCCCUGAUGACCUGGGUCAUGCCCCGGGGGCCCUGACGCCCUCGGAUGUCUCGUCCUCGAUAUCCCCGCCGAAUGGUCAAAUCGGCAACACCAAAUAUAGCACGCAAUUAUCCGGCGAUCAUAUCGUCUCCGCUCUAGGUCAGGAAGAGCAUGUCCGUCGCGCCGCCGAAGAGGACCGACGACGCCGGAACACCGCCGCCAGUGCGCGGUUCCGCAUGAAGAAGAAGCAACGCGAACAGACGCUCGAACGCACGGUGCGAGAAACCACCGAGAAGAACGCCAGCCUGGAGGCCCGCGUGGCCCAACUCGAGAUGGAAAACCGAUGGUUGAAGAACCUUUUGACCGAAAAACACGACACCUCGUCUAGUCGGAUGCCACCUCCCGAGACGCCCUCGAAUCAAAAGAACAACUCCGCCGGAAGCGGGCAAAAACAUAUCCAGCCAAAAAAGAAGGGCGUGGGUACCGACAACUAG